AUGGGGCAGGUGACGGAGGGUGCAGGGAAAAAGAGAGAGGGGCAAGAAAGCUCGGAGAAGACGCCUGCCAAGUCCGCUGUGCCAGUUGCCUUCGCCGCAAAUUUUGCACAAGCCACAAACACAGACAAUGCCACACCAGGCGAGGAGACGGGGAUCGCGGAUCAGGCAGUGAAUUCGCUCAGGCAGGAAGAGUUCAGUUCUGGGAUACGGGAAAGACGCAAGUGCGACAAAGUGAAACGGUCCGCCAAAAUCGGACAAGGUCCUGUUCCGAAUGGGCCACCCACUGUCGAAACCGGCAAGCGGUUACGUCGGAAUGGAGGAGUGGAGGACGAAGAGGAGUACGAGAGGAUGGGAGAGAAUCGCGCCCGAAGAGAAGACUGGAAAAUUUGA